CUGCACCAGCACCACGAUGAGUGACUAUGUUCCCUCCAUACAGGACCUUCGUGUGAAGCUUUGCUAUAUUUGUAGAGAAGAGGAACUUUUUGACAAACCGGAAAUUCCGCCACGGAUCUGGAUACAUCCAUGCAAAUGCGCGCUCGUUGCUCAUGAAGCGUGUCUGCUGAAAUGGAUACAGACGGCACAGGCCACGUCGGCGGAGGCUGGGGAGAGAGCCAUGACAUGCCCUCAGUGCAGAACGCCAUACGAAAUUGAGAGCCGGAAUCCGAGACUCUUGAGGAUCCUUUCGUGGUGCAGUCGACAGCUGCCGACGUUGGGAAGGGUAUGUCUCUGGACAGGUUUCGCUGGAUUUUUGGUGUCCAUGCAGGCUGGGAUAUACGUUCUUCUCACUGGAUACGGUGCUCAUGCAAUCCAGCAAUUCUUUGGACAAGAGAUGUACGACUUUGUGCUCACCGACGACCCGUCCAACUGGCCAAUAAUGGCAUACAUUCAGCUCCCUCUCAUCCCCAUUAGCCUUGUCGUCUCUCGAUAUGCCCACGUUUCCCCAAUCAUGCCCACCAUCAUCGCGUGCUUUUCUCUCAUGCCCCGAGGCAUCUUUGCUCUGAUCCACCAUAACAAUUACGCGAACAACAUACGCAUCGAGUCAUCCUUGUGGCCACCAUCUCCAUACGCAUUCGCUUGCGUUAUCCUCCCCACUACCAACGCUAUAUAUCGCGCUUGCUUCGCGAGGCUCUCAUACAAAAUCCUUGGUACGAGGGAUCCGACAGAAUACGAGGAUAACCUCCGGUUCGUAUUCAAUGCUGACGACGAGCAGCGGGAUCAAGAAGGCGAACGACCGCCUGCACCAGCAGAAGAACAGGCGGUAGAGCCUAAUCUUCCUGCUGUUGUUCCUGCUCCCCCGGCCAAUGGCGAUGCCGUCGGUCAGCAGCUGGCUGAUAUCACCAUUGAGAUCAAGUCUCCCAGCCGCAUUGGUCGUAGAAUCGGGGGUGCUCUUCUUCUACCGACGAUUGCAAACAGGAUGGGCUCCUUGCUUUUGAUGCUCUCAAAGCAUUCGUUGUACAUGCGCAAGUUCCUUGGCGUGCGUCCGCCAUGGCAGAGUCAGGUUCCCUUCCCUGUAGCGUGGCUCAAGACCAAUGCUCAGGGCAAGCCUGUCGUCCCCUGGGGUCUGGUUUUGCGUGCUUUCUGGGGUGGCGUCAGUCCUUGGGCGGAGCUCGAUCCCGUCUGGUGGCGUAACUCGAUUGGGUUUGGAAUCUUCAUUGUGGCCAAAGAUUGUAUGAAACUUCUUUAUCGCUGGUUGGUGAAGAGAGAGAAGGAGACGCGAAGAGUGAAGGAUCGACCGUUCUCGGAGGUGGAUGUAUCAAAUCUGGAUCUUAUCAAGGCGGGGGAUGGGCAGGCAUAGUUCUUUUACUUUUGAAUAUCGGUGAUGUUAACCCUGAAUGUUACUACCCUUCUCUCUACUCUGAGAUCAAUGCUGUGACAUGAUGACGGGAGCACUGCCUACUUAUUUAAACUCUUACCACAUUCUUCCAUGGAUUUUCGCUUCGUUGACCUUGUCCUCGCCACAAAAUUUACUGAGGACUGGAUAUGAUUUUUCCGGGAACGACCAACACGAAUGCUCACAGGAGCCUUCACACCACCAAGACAUGAUGACGGGGAAUAGAGGGUUGUGCAAAGUUGGAUGAGGCUUGUGGUUUAGUUGAACGCUUGCGUGCGCAAAGUCUGGGUGGCCUGUGGACAGAUGAAGCUAGGAUAGUCAUC